AUGCACUUCACAAUCCUGAAGACCUCUGCUGUGGCUGCUGGUAUGCCCCUCUUCUCGGGCUCGGCCACCACCCUCUUCAACUGCAACGACAACCAGAACGCCUUUCCUCCUACGCCGGGCAAGUUUGCCAUCCGCAUCUACACCCCCAGCAGCGCGGGUGACUGGGACCAGAGCGGUGUUCUGGAAGUCGACUGCGCCGCCGAGUCCACCACAUUUGGCACCGACCAGACCGGUCUCAGCGCCAACUUUGUCGUUGUCAAUGGUAAUGGCUGCAGCAGCGACUCGACCAACCUAUCUGGCGCGUCGAUGAGCUAUGGCGGCGAGGAGCACGACCUGCAGAACGUGGGCAGCGAGUGUGGUCCCCGUGAUCAUGGCAUCACUUGA